AGUCCUUUUUUUUUUUUUUUUUUUUUUUGAAAGAUCAAACACGAUGGCAGCGGAGGGACGACAACAGACACAGACUGCAUCAGCUGCAGCACCCCAACAGCAAGCCCAGCAAGCCCAGCCCCAGCAGCAGCAGCAGGCACUGGCGCCGCUGAUGACCUCGCUGUCGACGCGCCACGAGCUGCAGUUCUCGUGGACGCUGUACUACGACAACCCGCCCCGCGACGCCGACUGGAACAACUUCAAGCAGUACCUCACCAGCGUCAUCACCUUCCGCACCGUCGAGGACUUCUGGGGUGCCAUCAACAACAUUCGGCCACCAAGCGGACUGCCCACCGGCGCCAACUACUCGUUGUUCAAGGGCGAUGUGCUGCCCGUGUGGGAAGACUCUGCAAACAACAAGGGUGGCAAGUGGCUCAUUAACGUCAACCGCAAGACUGCUCGCUUGGAUGAGAUGUGGCUGAACACUAUGCUCGGCUUGAUUGGCGAGAACUUUGAGGUUCAAGACGAAAUCACUGGCGCUGUCUGCUCGCUUCGUCCCAAGGGCGAUCGUGUUGCCCUCUGGACUCGCACCACUGACGAGUCUGUCCGCGUAAUGGGCGAAAAGUUCAAGGCUGCUGUCCAGCCCGACGAACCCCUGAAUUUCAUGUCUCACAGCGAUGCUGGCGGCUCAUUUAAGGUCAAGAGCAAAUACAUCAUCAACUAAACUUUUUUGUACUUUUUUGUGCUUUUGUUUUCUCUUGCCCAAGCUGCCUUGUUACUCAAGUAUUUCUCAUGCGAGGCAACAAUUGGGAAAGAAACUGUGUUCUGCAUCUGUUGUCUGUUCCUAUUCGUUUAUUGUCUUGCUUGAGUAUGUUCAUUUUGUUUUUGCUUUUUUUUUUUUUUUGCUCUGUUGCCGUAGCUGGCAAGUUAUGCACACA